GUUAAACAGGAAAUAGCGCGUCAUUGUCCGCAAAAGCUGUAAACAAGAAGAGUGCAUGUGCAUUUUUCAUCUUUGCCAACUUUUGACUGCCAUCUGGGCUGUAGGUCGAAAGCGAGACAAAAGUGAGAAUGAUUUGGAAUAAUGGAAAGAGGAACUGAGAACACCAGAAAUAUUGUGUCACGAGGUUGUACUUGAUUUUUGGGCUUACACGCCAGCUGAAGGGUCUUUUACUUUUGUUAACAUUAUCUGCAGCGUUCACAAGAUGAGUGGAGUUGUUACGUUUUAUGUAACUUAUCUUCUGUGCCUAUUGCUGGGAAUUGCUUCAGUUGUGUUGGUAGCUCACUGGAAUUAUAGCUAUCGAGGUGGAUUUUCAUGGGAUGGCUCAAUCAAGCACUUUAACUGGCAUCCAGUCCUUAUGGUCACUGGGAUGGUGGUUCUUUAUGGGAAUGCGGCUGUAGUGUAUCGCAUUCCACUGACCUGGGGUCAGAAUAAGCUCCCAUGGAAGCUUUUACAUGCUGGGCUUCUGCUCCUUUCUUUCAUUAUAUCUGUCAUUGGGCUUUGUGCAGUGUUUGACUACCACAACACAAAUCACAUUCCCAACCUCUAUUCCCUCCAUAGCUGGGUAGGAAUUUGUACCGCAGCUCUGUUUACUGCACAGUGGCUAAUGGGUUUUACUGCAUUUCUCCUACCCUGCACCCCAAUAGCACUAAGGUCACUUGUUAAGCCAGGUCAUGUUUGGAUGGGAGGAAUCAUUUUGGUACUGAGCAUUGUGUCCACCAUCUCUGGGAUCAAUGAGAAACUCUUUUUUGCUCUAAAAGCAAACACCAAUGGGACGCUGCCUUAUUCCAUGUUGCCACCAGAGGCAAUACUUGCAAAUUGUUUGGGGAUCAUCAUUGUAGCGUUUGGAUUGGUUGUUUUGAAAAUUUUAUCCAAUCAGACAUGGCAACGUCCUGAGCCAGGCUAUGACGAGGAAGAUUUCAGGCCACUGGCAUAUGAUGGAAGCUGAUGAAUCCAAAUCUGAACAUCUAAAAUGUAAUAUUUAAAUGUAUUUUGACUAAUGUUUAUGUUAUUCUUUACAUUUGACUGUGCUGGUUUAUUGUAUAAACGAUAUAUUGAGUAAAUCAUAACAGUUAAAAUAAUAAAAUGCAUCAUAAAUAAAUAAAAUAUUCGAUAGGAAACAA